AUGGUGCACGAAAACGACGGUGUGCCAGAGGAAUUGUACAACUUGAGGCAAUUAGCAGAAGUGGCAGCCGGUAAAUUGCCCCAAAAUCAGCAAGAAAUGAGUCACGAGAGCGAUAAGGCGAUCAACUACAGCCUCACAAAACCGAACAUGAGUCAAACGUGCACGAAGAAAAAAUGGAAGACCGAGUGGGAGGAGAGUUGUUAUCAAAAUGCUGCACAAACUCCGACGACAGACGCGUAUCCAGCUGCCUUAUCGACGUCGUCGCCGCACGUUCAGCACAUGAAUAAUCACGCUUUGCACCCUUAUCACUUGCCCUAUGAGUCAGCAUAUGGACAGCAUGUGUCGUUUAUCGGAAAUGCGACAAAUGACCUUAAAAUGACGAGCAACACCGGCAAUUGUGACACACAACGACGAAACUCCUUGGUGUCAACAUCUUCGUCGCUCGCAUCGUCGUCCGAUGAUGAUUCGUGUCAUUUUAGUUAUUCGCACAAAGUGUUCGAUCGCAAGAAGGCACGGCGUUGUGUGGAGACUUUUGAUGCGGUGGGCAUGGAAAAUACGAGCAAUAGCAUGACAAAUAGUGCGGAGAGUGAGGGAAGUGUGGAAAGUGGCGCCGAGGAGAUUCAUACGUGUCCGGAAUGUGGCAAAAAGUACUCGACGUCGUCGAAUUUGGCGAGGCAUCGACAAACCCACAGAUCCCUCCAAGACAAAAAAGCCCGCCGAUGUCCCCAAUGUGACAAAGUUUAUGUCUCGAUGCCGGCAUUUGCGAUGCACGUUCGAACCCACAGUCAAGGAUGUCAAUGCAAAUAUUGCGGCAAAACAUUUUCUCGUCCAUGGUUGCUUCAGGGACACAUUCGCACUCACACAGGUGAAAAACCCUUCAAAUGCGAAAGUUGCGGCAAAUCCUUCGCCGACAAAUCAAACUUGCGUGCCCAUGUCCAAACACAUUCAAACGUCAAGCCGUACGAAUGCAGUAGAUGCUUGAAAAAAUUCGCUCUAAAAUCGUACUUGUACAAACACGAAGAGUCCUCGUGCAUGCGGAAUCACAUCAAGAACGGCGGCACACCCGAAAAACCCCAAAACCGGAGGAAAAACAACCGAACGGAAAAAGACAACAAGAAACAAGCGAUGAAAAUUCCCGCUGCCGCCGCCGUCACGAUGCCGCAACAACAACCAGAAAUGGAUUCGCAGAAAAACGCUCAGGAAAUUGCCGUAACAAAGUCACUUGUGAAGACGAGAAUUCGCGAAGUGCUCGAGGAAAACAGCAGAAAGUCUGCUGCUGCGUUGGCGAAUUUCCAACAAAAUGCAUCAAAGGUCACGAAAUUAAUUAACAACAGAAUUAGCGUGAUUCGGACCGUGAAGACGUUCAAUCCUGUCGACAUGACGACGAUGGAUUGUCAGGAACCGCUGAACUUUGUGACGAAACCGCAGAAUUUUUACAAGGAAAAUUUGACGACGUUGUAA